UGGAAGUAGGUGCACAAACCACUCCCCGCUGGGGGAAAUACCACAAGGUGGCGCAGUCAACAUCAACAGGCCCGAGGCGCAUCCGUCCACUUCAGCUCCGCAGAAGAGGCCCCGCCCACCGCCCUCACAACAAUAACAGCUGUAAGAGGCUAAAGAUGGCCGCCGCGACCAUGGCGGGGAUCGACGUCCACAGGAUGGAGGAAAAGAAGUUCGAAUACUUCUCCUCCAUCAACUCUAUGGCGAAGAAGAUAAUGCAAGAGAGGAAGACCAUCGAAGCCAAGCACGGUCCGUCUUGGGAGAAGAUGACGCCGCAAGAGCAAGACAGCGCCAUCGACCACGGAAUGAUGGAUCCGCACAUCCGAGCCCGAUACGCCAUGCACAGGGUCGAACGGGAAGAAGUGGUCUGUUACCCUAAGCUGCUCCUUCAAACCGGUCAGAAGAUCGUCCAUUUCGGCGAGGAGGAUAUAACCUGGCAAGAUGAGCAUUCUGCCCCCUUCUCGUGGGAAACCAAGAGCCAGUUGGACUUUAGCUUGACAUCAGGCCCGGUCGACCAGGGACUCUCAGCCUCGCAGGCAGAGUCCAAGCCUCCAAAGGUUUCUCAUUCCAGCCAGUCAACUAAGAGCACACCAGGAGUCAAGGUGUCUGUCAGUGAGGUACGGAGGCAAGAGGAAGAGUCGUCGUUCUGGAAGAUCAGCGCAGAGAGGUCCCGGCUGGAGGGAGAGCAGGCCGACUUCCAGUCGCUAACCCCCAGCCAGAUCAAAUCCCUCGAGAAAGGAGAGAAAUCCCUCCCCUCCUACCUCCGACAGGAGACGACUGUCACCACCAAGGAGCACGAGGCAGCAGACCCCCACCCUCCGGCUCCCACCAGGUCCACCAAGCAGCGAGCACCCAAACCUCCUGCUCCGCACCCCCCCAUCGCCAUCCCUGUAGCCGUAAGCGCGACGCCCGCGUCCAUCUCCAUCUCGCCAAACCCACCACCUGUCAGCGUGCUGUCGUCGGUGGCGGGGUGGGAGCGCUCGCAGAGCACCCUGCCGUCGGUCGGCAGCACCGUGGACGAAGUGUUCUCCUCCAGCAUGAUGGCCAAGCCCUCUCACCCCCCCGCCGGUGUGGAGAAAGAGAAACCGGCGGAAGGCUCAGCCGGCAGCCCCACCUUUGCCCAGUACAACACCAGCAACAACCUCCUGAAGACUGGAUUCGACUUCCUAGACAACUGGUAAAAGACGGCCAAGACCAGGCAGUACUUUGAAUGAAUCAUCAUCAUCAUCAUCAUCACUCUACAGAAGGACCACACUGCCAUGACUACCGACAUCCACGUCUAGAUUUACAACACACCAGUCUCUGGAAGGAACACAUGAUGUUGUUAUUAUCUUCUGUGGUUUGUUCAGACAUUAUCUCACUGCCUGUGUGCUGGUGUACCCGCCUCCACUCAAUUAGGUUUUGAUGUUUUGCCAAAAAAAACCAUGCCCACUAAAUGGAGAGUCCCUCCCCCCCUGUGAUCACCUCAAUUAAAAUAAUACACGGAAGUUUGUAACAGCUAUAAAAAAAUGGUUGAAUGUACAUCUUUUUAAUGGGAAGACUGUCAAAUUGGAGUUAAAAAUAUAUAUAUACAAACGUGACACCUCCCACCCCCUUAAUUCCCCUCUAACUCUAGUAACCUUUUGAUCACAUUUUUCAAUGUGAAAGCACAUUACAGGUGUAAAAUUGCUGCCUCCACACGUAACCAUUAGACGCUAAUCUACCAUAAGCAUGUCACAUUUUAAUUUGUGCAAAACACUACAACACUAAUAUUUUGUUUCCUUUUUGGUAGGAAGAUGUUGCUCUCUGAUAUGCUUUUAUUUAUACGUACCUAAUAUAAACUAAGAGUUUUAGAGUCAAAGUAAUGCGCAGUGCUGCAGUCUCGGCCCAGACGGUGCAAUUAGGACGAACAAUGUUCCUCCUGGUUAUGGAAUUAUGGGGAACUUUUGAAUGUUCGGGUGGGGAAUAUUGUGGGAUUUUACUGUUUCUUCCCUUUGCAGAAAUGUAUCAGAAGGUAUUUUCCAAAAGUGGAGUUGAAUCCUAAAUGAAACCAAAAAGAACGUGAGUGACGAACUGCCAUUAGCAAAGUGCUCAAACUUGGUCACGGAUGCUGUGGGAACCGGUUUCCUCCAUGUCUCCACAGUGCAGGCUCACAUGUUCUCAUCACGCAUUACACUCUAUGGAUGGUCCACACCUCCACCAACGGUCACCUUUUUACAACCAAUCUAGUGCUGAGCAAAGCUAGUGGACAUUUAUAGUGAACAAAGAUGCAGUUUUAGAUAAAUAGGCAGGCAUGUAGUGAUUUGUACCACUUGUGUCAUAUGUCUAAAAUCCAGUUUACACAAUUAGAGUACUAUUUUACUGAAUUUUAUAUUUAUCGGCUGAUUGUAUCUUAAGCUAUACUUGUAGGUUUCACUCAUGCAUUUUGAGGUCAAAUAUUGGAAGGAAGUAAAUAAAUAAUAAAUAAAAGUUCAA